AGGUGCACCGAGAUACAAGCUCCAGAGGAAAAGGACACGUUCCACGUUAUCCUGAAGGUCGCCGAGUCGGUUCAGACUAAAUUCUAAAAGCCACGUUCAAAAUCAGGAACUCCCUCGAGAAUCUCGAGUGUUUCAAAAUCCCACAUGCCGCCAGUGUGCUUCAUGGUAAGCUUUCUGUAAUGCCAGUAAUUGAUUAUGUACGGAAAAUUACUUCCAUUCCAACUUGCCAGGCAGGAACAGAAACAUCGGCGGUAUACUCAAUACUGUCCGGUACAAAUUGUACUACAAAUUGGUUUGUGCUGCGUAAAACGUAAUGUAUACACAUAUGGUCUAGGCACCUGUACAGCAUUUCAUUUGUUACAAAGUCUCAAUUUGCACAUCAUUAAUUCCGAUAAAUAAGCACUCGAUACACGAAAACAUUUCAACUGCUCGGCGCGGUACUGUCUGUGGUAUUUAACUACACGGCAAUCGGUAGUUCUUACUGCUAAACGCAUGUCAAUCUCCUCCCAUAAGUGGGCGUGCCCAUCGCGAUGCCACUAUAUCAUUGGUCGGGCGUCGGGGCUACAGCCAAUGAGAUUUCAGAUUCUGUCUUCGCCCACGAUUAUGGCACACUGGACCCCGCCCCCGAUGUCAGCCUGGCGAAAAAGACAAAAACAAACCCUUGUGCUCCAGAAGUCGUACAACAUCUCCGGCGGACGGAGCGGAAGAGCGCCGAUCCUGUGCUGCGUCGUGGACCCGCGGGGACAGAACCAGAGAUGGUUUCUCCUGUCACGGUUGUGAAGAGCGAGGGCCCUAAGUUGGUGCCAUUCUUCAAGGCCACCUGUGUCUACUUUGUCCUGUGGCUCCCCACCUCCAGCCCCUCCUGGUUCAGCGCCCUCAUCAAGUGUUUGCCCAUCUUCUGUCUCUGGGUCUUCCUCCUGGCCCACGGGAUCGGCUUCCUGGGCGCCCAUUCCAGCGCCCGUAAGAUCCUGGCUGGUCUCAUCUUCUCAGCCUUGGGAGAUGCCUUUCUGAUCUGGCAGGAGCAGGGUUACUUCAGCCACGGGUUGCUCAUGUUCGCGAUUACCCACAUCCUGUACUCCUCAGCUUUUGGGAUGAAGCCACUGAACCUGCCAGCGGGGCUGGUCAUCACUGUGGCAUCCGGGCUCUGCUACGCUUUGCUCUACCCCUAUCUGUCCGCCCCCUUUACCUACUUGGUGGCCGUUUACAUCGCCCUCAUCGGUUUCAUGGGCUGGCGAGCGAUCGCCGGGGUGCAGCUGGCCAAUGACCUGUGGACCUGGACGAAGCUCUCGGCCUGCCUAGGCGCCAUGCUCUUCAUGGUCUCUGACCUAACCAUCGCCGUCAACAAGUUCUGUUUCCCCGUACCACACUCCCGUGUCAUCAUCAUGGCCACCUACUAUGCCGCGCAAAUGUUGAUCGCCUUGUCUGCCGUUGAGUGCCAGGAUGCUGAUGUCUCCAGGAAGAGGGCAUGAAACGACAUUUGCCCCCAAAGACCGCCUUCUCAGGCCUCCCCCUGUAUCGUCACUGUCGCGUAGCUCUUCUCUUUAGAAAUAGCGGGGACUCAGUGUAGGGAGUGUUGAUGGAAUCAACCAGAACGACGAGAUCCAGUUAAGUGCACAUCGAGUGAGGACUCCAGUUUUGGCCCCAACACCGUCUCUCCCUACGUCAUUCCUGUAACCUCUCAGCCCCACGUUACCUCUGUGGUCCAACACUAGAAUUUCAACGUGGUGCUCUUUCAUACAGUUGAAAAGGGAGCCCUUUAACCGAAGGUUUUGUGAGUGUUUCCUGCUCACAGGAGGCAGGUUCAAAGCUGUCAUUGUGCUCCAUUGUGGCAUGCUUUGCUCUCAGUGAGUCUCCACACCUCCUCCCUCCCAUCUUUUUUUGUUGCUGUUUUUAAACCGAGGCACGACGGCCAGCAUGCUACUGCUGGGUUUUAAUGUCCUGUGGACUUUAGGUCAUUCUCUCCUCUCCAGCUGGCCUCUGGGAGAUGCUGUGUUGGUAGCAGUCAUAUAUUGGGGAACAGGACUCCUCCGGUGGUCCAUGGGUCCAUUUUGACGUGAGCUGGUCUUCGCUGGCCUUCAUGUUAUAGGCCUGUUUGGUGAUACAUUCUUCUUCAAGGUUCAUCCCUCUGUCUUGUGAAGUCUGCUCAUACCGUAUGGGGACAGGAUUUUAACGCCUGACUCAGUAGUGUUUGGUAGAGCGGAAUAUGGUUCUUUACCAACUGUUAAAAGCUUUUCCGAGUGCUUCUUGUUUGUAUUUGAUGUUUUUUCCCCCUCGUAUGCCCCAGCUUCCCUCAACAUGCAGACUUUGGUUCCAGGAAUGGAUUCAUUGCUGUAUGUCAUUCCCUGUGCUCUUACUACCGUAGAUUCAAAAGGAGUUGCUGGUGCCCUUACCACUGUUGGAUGCUUGUGGCUAUGCUUGCAGCCCUUACUGCACCACAGAAGGGAUGAACCUGGCUGCAGCCUGUCUGCGGUAUGGUACUGUUUGAAAUGCAGGUAAAUCACUCUGGAGUCCAAGCAUGCAUGCCUUUAUCAAAGGGAAAUUCAACUAGUUAAAAAAGCAAGCACAGUACUGUAUUUUUUCCACUAGGGUCCCUUAAGGUUACUGUAUGUACCAAUCAGACGUCGAAGUCUGUUUGCCAUUGCAAGUUUCGCUUUGUAGUUUCGAAAGACCUCUCUUUCUCAAUAGGAAUGAUGCACACAGCUGAAUGGUACUUGAGCCAACAGACCAUUGGUUUUUGAGCAGUUCAGAUAUUAUUUAUUUGCGGAAAAUCCUAAGGUUGAGAUAUAGGAAGUAUGGAUGGUAAUACGCUUGGAAAAGGACACUUUCAAAAUCUUAAUCAUACAUCUCUUAAAGGGCAUUCUUUGAAUAUUUCUGUGAAUUUCACAUUUUUUAAACAUUAAAUAUUGCAACGUAGUGGUAUUUAUUUUUAUUUCAUUUUCAUUUUAUAUUGUAUUCUCAUGCCAGAACCCUUGCUGUGUGCAUGGGUUUUAAGGCAGUUUGUUGAGGUGUAUUUUUUAAUCAUCAUCAGUCUGAAUAUUUGAGCAGUGGAUGGCACAAAAAAGUGAAAGAUGUUCAGUAGAGCCGCAGUGGAGUGGAGCUGUGGCAGCUGAUGGGUGUUCUGCUAUGGUUCCUUGUCUGCAGUGAUGUCAGAUGCCAGGAACAUGGUCUUUUUGUGUAGGACCAUCAGGGAGUGAUACUCCCCCCCUUCCCCGCUCAGUGGGUUUUGUCCACGGAGCUGGCAUGAGGCACAAGGCCAUCGAGAGCCCGGUUUAGAUUUAAAUUGUUUUCUAAAUUAAUUCUGUGAAGUUCCGUCCUUUUUUCCUGAAUUACAUUCUGCCAUAAUAGACUCGCUAAUAGCUGGUUUUCCUUUAAAAAAAUCAUACAUUAAUUUGCCUAAAAUAUAACUGGAUACUGUGGCAAAAAAGAGCUAGUUUUGAAAUAAGAUGCAGUGUACUUUUCACUUAGUAAUCCUUUUGCAAUGACUAGUUUUGUUCAGCAGUCAAAUUCCAACAAAAGUGCCGCAAAUUCAAAAUUGGCAACUAAACCAUCCAAACAUACUUUGGUUGUUAUUAUUAUCAUUGUUACUGUUAUUUCCUUUUGCACAUUUUUUAAAGCUAUAGUGUGUUAUUUUGCUGACAUGAGUACUGUAAACCUUACUUGCAAAGAUUUCUGCUCCAGGCGCAAUUUAUAUUCCAUAAGGGAUCACAAUGAAAUUAUAUAGACCAAAGUGGAAAAAAACAAGACCCUUCUCACACGUUCAAGGGGUGAGUCAAACCCUGAGCUGUCUCCAAUGUGUUCCCAAGUCUGUUGUCACACCAGGCCAACUAGAAUAGCAUUUUGGCAGUUAGAAGCAAGGAUGCAGAUGCAGUAAAAGAGUCAAACCCCCCCACAUGAGUUUGGUUUCACUGGAUAUCGCCAACAAACCCUUUUAAUAGAGGUUAUUUCUGGAUCGUGCUUAGUCCACACUUCCAUGAUUUUUUUCAGUCCUACAGUCAGAUUGUCAGCGAAACAUUUAAGCUUAGUCAGUCAGAAGCUUCCAUUAGUCGAGGACAGCGAUGUUAUUGGGUGGAUUGUUUUGACUCAAAACUACUACGGUCAGUGUUCAGUUGUAUGUAGUGAUUACAAUUUAGACACCUGCUCUGCCUCCUCGUGACCUUUCCCCACUGUCAGCUUGUUUUGUGGAGCACAGAAAGCACCCAGAGGCACAACGUAUUUGCAAUUUUUGGAAAGGAUGGCAAGUGCAGACAAACUGCGAGAUAUAUGUGGUCCAAAGAGCCAUGAGAGAGGUUAAGGAGAAAUUUGACAGUUUUGAGUGAGACUUGACCAGCAUGAGUGGGUAUUGAGCCAAUGUGGGUUGUAAAAGACAGAUUUUUUGAUAAAUUUGGGGAAUAGGUAGGUUGGGUGUGAGCUUUGAGUUGUACUUUGGGAAAACUGCUAGGUUGAAAAUAUAAAGUACUCCCCUAAUAGUUGCUCCUUUGUCGGAGAGGGGUUUAGUCAUGGGAAUGGAUCUUGUUAUAUCCACCUUUGUUACAUCAUCUGGCAAGUGACUCCAAGCUGAUGCUGGGACAAAGAGAAGACUACAUUUCUUUCAUGCCCCUCUUUCCGUUACAGGGGGCUUGAAUCAAGCCAGGGAUCAGUUUUCCUCUGUCUUCAAUGGCUGCAUUGUCUUUCCAUUUUGUAUGGCAACAGUGAAGGAAGGUUGGAUGGAAGCUCUGAGCGUUCGGUGUUAGUGUUACAGUGUGUUGAUGCAAAAGCGAGAGGGAAUUUUAAAGAUUGCAUAGAAAUGCAGUGCAUAAAUGCAUCUUAAUAUUUUCUCAAGUUUUGUGCAUUUCACAUGUCUUCUUCAUUUGUUUUGCUUUAUUUCGCCUGUUCAGUGUGUUCAGGGUUGUCUGGGAUUAUAUACGUUCUGGAAUAGAUUGUCUUGAUGCCCUUUUUUGCACAGACACAUCAGUUUUGAAUGUGUCACACUUGGUUUGCUGCUCCUGCCUGCAUCUCGUCUUAAGGUUAUUGUAAUGAAGUAUCCAUUGAAUUGCACAAUAUCGCCACUGGAAUUGAAUUUCCCACAAUGCCAUGCUCACUCAGCCAUAAAUGCCACUUAACAGGUAGGAGCUGAAUCAGAAGAGCUGACCUUCGCAGCACGUGAAAAUUGGACACUAGUAAAACAGUUACUAGUUAGCAGCUGAAGCCUCAUUAGCGUGUUGAAAUUUCAGAGCUGGGCUCACCUUCAGCCUAGAGGAGGCUAUUUACAUGCCAUCUUACAUGUACACUUGUUGUUUUCCAAUGUAAUUAUUCCAUGAGUCGCUGAACUGCAAAGUGCGGGCAUCUCUUGUGAGUCGCCGUAACUUGUCAGGUGGGUUUACCUUUGCAAAUUAUCGAGUAACCAGUGUUACAGAAUUUUUUGAGUAUUUGCCACAUUGCCUUUCUGUAUUUUUUAAUACUUAAAAGAAAGAAAGUUCAUCAUAUGGCUGCAAUAUCUGGAGAUUAACUGAGACAAUUUAGCAGGUGUCAAUUUAUUUUUAAAACCACUGAGACCACAGUCAAUAUUUUUAGACGAUUAAAUGAUAUAUUUUAAAUCCAGUUGUAGCUUUUUCAAGUGAUGUUUCAUGGUUUUACUUAGCGUUUUUGACUGGUUAUGCAAGAAAGUACGAUGUUUUAUCACUUAAGUAAAUGCUCAUGUCUUUAGGUGAUAUUUUUGAGUAUAUCGCAUUGAUUUUGCCUUACUGUCCUGGACUUUCUCCUCUGUGUUUAUUUCUUUCAUUACUUUAUUGUUAUUAAAGAAUUACACAGGACUACAUUGUUCCUUACCUGUAGGAAAAAAAAACUGAAUGUGAAUAAAACUAAUUGUUGGAUAAAUGCAAGUACAAUGCAA